AUGGCACUCUUCCGGUCGCUAUCCUCUAAGCUCAAGAGGAGGCAUGGCGCUCACGCCAAGGACUCUCGCACAAAUGGCGCCCUGUCUGCUGUAGAUGAGACGAAGCAGCAGUCCCUGGUCAAUGGGGAACACACCGACCAUGCUGAACCAUCUCCGAACACAACUGCCACAGGCCAAGAAAGUCCAGAUUGGGCUUAUGCUCACUCCUCGACUAAUGAAGCUGCUCCUCGUGCACCUCCGACAUCCAACAGGGGAGAUGAUGUUCGUCCAGCCAGCCGCAAAGAUGUUGAAAGCACCUUUCAACAGUUCGCUCAUCUUAUUCAUGUUUCGCGCCGUCCUCUACCCACCCAAUCUGGUGAUGGGCAGUACCUCGGGACUGAGGAGCAAUCCGGGAUACUCGCUGACCUCAAAGCUCUUGGACCGAACGACGUGAAGAAAGUCAUGCACAUCUUGGAGGACAAAGUCAGCGGAAAGGCACAGGAUGACCGCAAAAUGCACUUGGAAGAGAUCAUGCAACUAGUUGCAGCUCUGCCUGAUCGUUCGGCUCAUCGGGUAGAGCUGACAAGCUUGCUUCUGGACAAACUAUGGAAUUCACUGCAACAUCCACCAAUGUCCUACUUGGGAGAUGAAUUUCGUUAUCGCUCGGCCGAUGGUUCAAACAACUCGUACAUAUUCCCCAAACUUGGUGCUGCCAACACUCCAUAUGCUCGAUCAGUCAAUCCAGUGACAGUGCAACCAGGAGCACUCCCAGACCCUGGCCUGCUUUUUGACUCGAUCAUGGCAAGAGACCAGUUUAUACCACAUCCAAAUAGGGUUUCUAGUAUCUUCUUCAACUGGGCCUCCCUCAUCAUUCACGAUCUUUUCCAGACUGAUCACCGCGAUUUUAGCAUUAGCAAAACCUCGAGCUACUUGGACCUUUCCAUCCUCUAUGGUGACACUCAAGAGGACCAGAACGAGAUGAGAACCUUUACGGAUGGAAAGAUAAAACCAGAUUGCUUCGCAGAGGAAAGGCUUUUGGCCUUCCCUCCAGCUUGUGGCGUCAUGCUGAUAAUGUUGAAUCGUUUCCACAACUACGUCGUCGAGCAGCUCGCACUUAUAAACGAGAACGGGCGAUUCAACAAACCGGCAGAUCUUGGGAACCCACAGUCGAAAAAGGCGGCGUGGGCAAAGUAUGACAAUGACCUUUUCCAGACAGGCCGUCUCAUAACCUGCGGGCUCUAUAUCAACAUCACUCUGUACGACUAUCUGCGAACAAUUGUCAAUCUGAACCGUACCAACAGUACUUGGACCCUAGAUCCUAGGCUGGAAAAGGCUGGCAAUUAUGACAAAAAUGGUACUCCACGCGGUGUUGGCAAUCAAGUCAGUGCGGAGUUCAGCCUGUCGUAUCGAUGGCACUCAUGUAUUGGAGAAGGAGAUGAGAAGUGGACCGAAGACAUCUACCAAGAACUAUUCGGGAAGCAACCUCACGAAAUCUCUCUCCAGGAAUUGAUGAUUGGCGUAGGCAAGUAUGACCAUGAUCUUCCCAAAGAUCCACAGAAGAGACCAUUCGCACACCUCAAACGUGGCAUGGAUGGAGAAUUUGACGAUGGAGAUCUUGCCCGGAUUAUGGAGGCUGGAGUUGAGCAAGUGGCCGGCGCAUUUGGCGCAAGAAACAUCCCAAAGUCGAUGCGCGCAAUCACGAUUCUUGGAAUUAUGCAAUCCAGGUCGUGGAACUUGUGCACCUUGAAUGAGUACAGGAAUUUCUUCGGAUUGAAAAAGUAUGACACGUUUGAGGAGGUCAAUAGCGACCCUUACGUCGCAGAGCAGUUGAAACACCUCUACGAGCAUCCUGACUACAUAGAGCUUUACCCAGGACUGGCGAUCGAAGAUUAUAAGGAUCCUAUGGUCCCAGGUGUCGGUAUUUGCCCAACAUACACAAUCUCUCAUGUGGUAUUGGCCGAUGCUGUUGCUCUAGUGCGAGGCGACCGAUUUUACACUCUGGACUGGAGUCCAAAAAAUCUCACAAACUGGGGUUUCAACGAAGUUGCUUACGAUUUGAAUAUCAAUCAAGGAUGUGUGUUCUACAAAUUGAUGCUUCGGGCGCUCCCAAAUCACUUCAAGCCUAACAGCAUCUACGCUCACUACCCCAUGACAAUUCCCGACGAGAAUGCAAAAAUCAUGAAAUCAUUGGGUCGGUAUCAGGAUUACGACUGGAGCCCCCCUUCUUUUAUCCCUCAAAGAGUCAAUAUAUCGUCCUACCAGAACGCGCAGUACAUGCUCACACGAGCCCAGGAGUUUACUGUCAUGUGGAAUGAUGGACUAAGAUCCGUCAUGGGAAUGGAAGGCGAGAGAUUUUGCCUUGGAGGUGACAGUCACCUGUAUCAGAAGCAGCGUCAAACCAUGAAUCAACUGAUUUACCGUGAGAAAUGGAAAGAGAACAUCAGAGACUUCUACGAGAAAAUUACACUUCAACUUCUUCAUGAAAAGAGCUGUAAGGUCGCCAAUAUCAAUCAAGUCGAUCUGACCCGAGAUGUCGGGAAUCUGGCGCAUGUCCAUUUCGCCGCAAAUGUGUUCUUGCUGCCGCUGAAGACGGCACAGAACACGAGAGGUGUCUUUACUGAACAUGAAUUAUGGAUUGCAAUGAGUGUCAUAUUCACUGCAAUCUUCUUCGACUUCGAGCCAACCAAAUCCUUCCCUCUCCAUGUUGUCGCAAAGAAGUUGGCGACUAUGCUGGGGAAGCUGAUCGAAAGCAAUGUCAAAUCAGUCACAGCGACAUCGUUUGCUGCAAAAUUCUUCGACAACUUCAGAGAAAAUGAGAACUCGCUCGCAGACUACGGCAUUCACAUGAUCCGGCGUCUGACAGACACGGGUAUGACCACGAACGCGAUAGCGUUCAGCCAAAUCCUCCCCACGGCCGUUGCGAUGGUACCAAAUCAGUCUCAGGUCUUCACCCAAAUCAUGGACUACUAUCUUGGAGAAGGAAUAUCCCACCUACCUGAAAUCCAAUGUUUGGCAAGAGAGGACGACCAAGAAUCCUUUGGCAAGUUAUUGCGUUACGUCAACGAAGGAAUCAGACUCAAUGGCACCUUUGGAAGCUAUCGACGCAGCAACGUGACCCACGUAUUUCAGGAAGACGGCAAACAGAUUCCAGUCAAACCUGGAGACAAAGUAUUCUGCAGUUUCGUUAGUGCCGCGAGAGACCCAAAGGUAUUUCCAAAUCCUGACCAAGUACGCCUCGACCGUCCCCUUGACUCAUACAUCCACUAUGGUGUUGGGAUCCACACCUGUCUCGGAAAGGACGCCAGCAUGGUGGCUUUGACGGCGAUGUUGAAGACGGUGGGCAAAUUAGAAAAUCUCAGGAGAGCUCCAGGCCCCCAGGGUCAAUUGAAGAAGGUUCGUUUCCCAUAG